GUUUGCCGAAAAGGAAAACAACUUGCGGAUGCAACAGUGUGACGCAGGUCUUCACUUUCACUCCACGGCCGAGCGCGAGUAUCCGUGCGGCUUGAUAUAAUCGCAUUCCGCGACAUUCCGCGAUAUUAAAGGUCGAUCAGUCACUUCAGUCGACCGCGCCGCCGCUACGAGACGCGCCGUGUAUGAUGUGAGCCGUCGCUCGCCGAUUAUGAUUAAUUACCUGCGGCGGAUUUCGAUAAUACCCAGUUGAGGAACAACGUGGGAGGAGGUGCGUGCGAAUAUCGCGGCUACCACCUGCGUGCCUACGCGUAGUUUCGAACUGCGCUUGUCUCAGGGGCGCGAAAAUUGUGCCUGAAUUACUUUCGAAAAGAUAUUCAACGAUGAGUGAUGUCAAUUGCCUCGCCGACAAGGUGACGUUCGACGAAGCUUGCGUGAAUGUGAUAUCGGACUAUCGCGAUGACGACUCUCUGUGGCUUUAUUCGCUCUCCACUGACUGCUCGUCGUGUCCGUAUAGCCGACUGACGGACAUUCCGAGUAACGCCAAUUUCAGCUUGAAAUUCCCCACGUUCAAAGCAACAAAGUGGAGAGUGCUGGAUAACCAUGGCAUCGAUAAGUACAUAUCUACCAAAGACAUUAGCAAUAUGUUUUGCGAACUAUCUCCAAAUUUGGGACAGUACGGCUUGUACGAAUUGGCGAUACAAGAUGGAAAUUGUAACUUCAGAACUUUGAAGGAUCCGACGUAUCCUUACACAGAGCUCAUUGUUAUUCUGGGGGUAAUCGUGUUGAUCUUAUUCGGCAUAUCCGCCGGAAGAUUUCUGUGGCGCAGAAGACGAUACGGAAAAGACGGGAAGGAAGAAGCGAGUAACGAGGGAGCAACGAAACGUCGCGUGAAAGCUAUCGACGCUUUCAGAGGGGCCAGUACUCUUUUUAUGAUUUUCGUCAACGAUAACUCCGGUAGUUACGCCGUCUUGGGUCACACAACUUGGAACGGCAUGCUGCCGGGUGAUCUGGUGUUCCCUUGUUUCAUGUGGAUCAUGGGAGUUUGCGUUCCCAUAGCUUUGUCGGCGCAAUUGAAGCGCGAGGCUUCGAAGCGCAGGAUCGCAUACGGCGUCUUGAAGAGGAGCGUUCUUCUAUUUCUGAUCGGCGUCUCGCUGAACACGCUGGGCAGUAUUCCGCAAUUGGAAAGAAUACGCGUGUCCGGAGUUCUUCAGCGAUUCGGGGUCACUUAUUUGGUCGUCAGCAUGAUGUACCUUUGUUGCACACUCUCGUUUCAGAAUUCAUCGAAUGGCCGGAUAACGCGCGUCCUGCAGGACGUAGCGGUCCUCCUGCCGCACUGGUCCUUCAUGCUAAUCCUCGUGUUGAUUCAUUGCGGCAUAACGUUCGGCCUUACGAUUCCCGGCUGCCCCAUCGGUUACCUCGGACCGGGCGGCAUGCACGAGGACGGUAAAUAUUUUAACUGUACCGGAGGCGCGGCUGGAUACAUCGAUCGCACCGUGUUGACUGUGAAGCAUAUGUACCAGUAUUCGGCUAUCAGUAUCGUUUAUAGAUCCGGUCCUUUCGAUCCUGAGGGAAUUUUAGGAUACUUCACGACGAUAUUUCAGGUGUUUCUCGGCGUACACGCCGGCGUGAUCCUGAUGAUAUAUAAGGACUGGAAAGAACGUGUCGUUCGAUGGCUUCUCUGGGCGGCGUUGUAUGGCGUUUUGGGAUGCGCCUUUCACUUCAGCAACGUUAUACCGGUCAACAAGAACCUGUGGUCUCUCUCCUUCGUGCUGGUGUCGACUUCCUUCGCCUUGGCCUUCCUUUCCGCGUGUUACCUGCUGAUCGACGUCACCCGAGUUUGGCGAGGCGGUCCUUUCAGAAUAGCCGGUAUGAACGCAUUGGCGUUAUACGUGGGUCACAUGAUGUGUUACCAAAUCUUCCCGUUCCACUGGUGGAUCGGCGAGAUGGACAGCCGUGCUUUGGUCUUCGUCAAAUCGGUCUGGGUUGUGGCGCUCUGGGCGAUCAUCGCAUAUAUUAUGCAUCACAAACGCAUAUACAUCACGCUGUGAGCUACUACGUCUAUUCGUGUCACCGUGUAAAUGAAUAUCUCAACCUAAGGAUAAAUAUUAACACACGCAAACGCUGUACGUCAUGCGAUAUCCGUACGUUACGCGAGAGUCCGACAAAAAAAACACGAUUUUAAUUGCGCUAGUAAUUAAUUAAUUGCACUUACACCACGAGAAUUUGCCGUAUUAUCGAUUCAAGCGAGAGAGCAUUCGCCCCCUCGGCAAUCAAAUGAUACGCACAGUUUCAACUUUACAAAUAAUUUAUUGUACAACUUGGAUAUAUGCGUGUGUAUAAGUAGUACAGUGACAAGUUCAGGUAAUAAGGAUUACCUUCGAUUUACGUGUAGGUAUUCUCGAGUAAUGAUUAAUAUUCUUAAAAAGAGCGUUAUAAUUUUCAAUGACGAGAACCAUCGAUCUUAAAUAAAACAAACCACAUGUUUCCGCUGAAAAUAUCGCGACACGGUGCAGCCGACCUCCUGAAUUCGAUCCUCGGAUCCUGCCAGACAACGAUCGUAAAACAAAGGAUGCUUUCUCGUUCGGUUCGUAUUGCAUAUGAAAUUUCAGAUUGUCUCGGCGAAUUUCCUCGAGAAACAGAUUCGCACAAGCGUUUCUAACAAUUUAAAGAAAAAAAAAAAUACGUUUAGCAAAAUGUUUCACUCCAGAGAUAAACCGUGAGAGUCAGUUUCUUCUCAUCUAUACAGGUCACUAAGCGAACAAUUCGGAACAUGUUUGGCAAUUGUGUCUGACGGCAGUGUGAAACGUUUACAUCUUUAGCGAUUCGCAAAUUUCUUCUCUGAAGGAAUCCUCGGCUGAAUUAUUUUGUCAGUUUCUUUACUUUCGUUUCGCUGGAGGAUCGGCGCGGGGCGCAACACGGACGAGCACUGGUGAAUUAUCGCGUAAACAAAAAAU